UCUAUCGUCCGAGCUCUUCCUCGUGAAUCGUGAUGCCACAUUUCGUUCCUGCCGCUGCUCUGCGGCCGCUUUCUCCUCCUCCUCCUCCUCCUCCUCCCUCCUCUCCGCCUCCAAAACCCUAACCCUAAUCUCCGUCCUCGCUUCUCUCCUCCAGUGAGAUAAGGGGAUUUGUCCGUCGAUCUGGACCGGCGCCGGGCGUUGGCGGUGGAUCUUUUCACGGAUCAUGGUUGGUAGUGAUUUGGGGAAGGCAUUAGUGGAAGUUGUUUAAGUUAGAUAAUAAAUAUUGUCAUGGAAUGAAGGCAGCUUUUGUCUCUUAUUUUAUUGCUCCAUUUCCAUUUGAUGGUUCUUUGAGAGAUGGGAUAGUCACUUCAUAUCUAGUGUUGUUAGGGUAGAUUCUCGGAUUCAAUUCAGUCAUUACCUAUCAAUGGGCUCAACUAGUGGCAUUUCUGAGAUUGUUGAAGACGACGACUUGCCAAACUUGGAUAGUUACUUUGGCGGAUCGAAGACUUUACGAAUUAAACUCAAACCAAAUCUGCAAGAUGGUAAAUACGUGGAUGUUGAAGACAACAUUGAAAAGUUAUUGAGGGUAAUCGAUCGCAGGACUUCAUCCAGGAUUCUUGGUCCUACAAGUCAUCCUGCUGUUGAUUUGGUGCGGAAGAAUGCUAUGAAGAAGCCAGUUGAAGUUGGAGUAUCUAGAUCGUCAGGAAUAGGGAUAUCAGAAUCUGUCACUUUAAAACAAGCCUUGAGAAAGCUAUGCAUUACCCAGGCAUCAGAGAUGGCUGCUAUGAAGAGAAUGUCGAAACCCAUUAGCUUAUCUAGAACUUCUGAGGCUGGGACAAUCAAAAGUCUUUAUGCAUCUGUGGUGGUUCAAUCAAGUGACUCUGCUCUCUCUCUAAAUGGAGAAAAGAGAAAUUUAGUUGAAAUAUCCAUCUUGCCUGAUAAAGCCUCAAGAGAUUUAUCAAGAAAGACAAUUGUAUUUGGUCAAGGCAAAAAUGCAGAAUUGUCUACUCAGAGCACUGUUUCAUCUCCUCUUUCUGCUGUACCUACACCCAAGUUAACUAAGAUUAGAAUCCAAGAUGUAAUUAAACACACAUCAGAAGGGUCCUGUGAUAAUCAAUCGACUGCAGUUGAGAUGGAGAAGAAAGGGAGAUCAUUUUCAAGAGCAACCAAAUCUAGCUCAAGGCCAGUUGCUGCUUCGUGCAAGACUGUAGUGAACCCACAUUCAAACAAGCCAGUGCAUCUGAACAAGAAUGUCAGAAAGAAAGGAAAGUCUGAAUCAGCAUCAGCAUCAAAUAAAUCCAUCAAACACGGUGAUGUGAACAGAAGUUGUGCAACUUCAUCUGCUGCUAAUCCUUCUUGCUCCAAGGAGCCUGCCACUCCUUCAUGUACUACGCCUACUACCAAAUCGUGUCGUCCAAAGGAACAUGUCACCCCUCCAUGCAGCAUACCUGUGACCAAAUCGUUUCCUAAAGAACUUGUCACUCCUGCAUCUAGCACUACGAAACAUGCUGCUGCAGUUAGUGCAGAAAGCAAAACACUUUCUACCCUAAAUAUCCAUGGCAGCAGCAAGGCCAUCAGUGCAAAAUCAAGUGAAUUCUCUAGACCUAGAGAAAAGGGUGAAUGCUCUCACAGUUCAAAAAGCAGCAUUGGGGACUAUAGUAGCAACACCAGCAUCAGUGAAGAAAGUCAUCUGAGCAUUGCUAGUGGCAAAGGAUGUAGGCCUCACAUGUCAAAGGAUUCAAGAUGGAUAGCAAUCCGGCACAACUUAAUCCAACAAGGAAGCUUAGGCUUAAAGAAUUUUAAGCUUCUCAAAAGACUUGGUUGUGGAGAUAUUGGAACGGUUUAUCUUGCAGAGUUGGUUGAUUCGGAAUGCUUGUUUGCAUUGAAGGUCAUGGAUAUUGAUUUCCUGGUUAGCAGGAAAAAGAUGCUGAGAGCACAAACCGAAAGAGAGAUAUUACAAAUGUUAGAUCAUCCCUUCCUUCCAACCCUCUUUGCUCAUUUUACGACAGAUAACCUUUCAUGUUUAGUCAUGGAGUAUUGCCCAGGUGGUGACCUACAUGUGCUUCGACAGAAGCAAUCUGGCAAGAAUUUUUGUGAGCCAGCUGCCAGGUUUUAUGUCGCAGAAAUCCUCCUUGCAUUGGAGUACCUACAUAUGCAAGGCGUUAUAUACCGGGAUCUCAAACCAGAGAACAUUUUGGUUCGUGAAGAUGGCCAUAUUAUGCUCUCAGAUUUUGACUUGUCUCUCAGAUGCUCAGUAAGCCCGAUCCUUCUCAGAUCAUCAUCAUCAGGCACAGAAGAAUCAUCCAAGAAACACUCAGGGCCUUGUGCUGAAAAUAACUGCAUUGAUCCUCUUUGUCUUCAACCAUCAUGGGUUCAAGUUUCUUGUUUCACACCCCGUUUGGUAUCGUCUUCAGAAGGUAAAGCAAGGAAGCAAAGAUCUGAAGUCAGUGGGCAGGUCAGGCCACUUCCCCAGCUUGUGGUGGAACCCACGGAUGCACGUUCCAACUCAUUUGUGGGGACCCAUGAGUACUUGGCGCCUGAGAUCAUCAGAGGAGAUGGACAUGGUAGUGCUGUUGAUUGGUGGACCUAUGGGAUCUUAUUGUAUGAACUACUUUUUGGUAGAACACCAUUCAAGGGACCUGGAAAUGAUGAAACAUUGAUGAAUGUGAUUUCACAGAGCUUGAAAUUUCCUGAGAAUCCAUAUGUCAGCUCUCACGCUAGGGAUUUGAUCAGAGGGCUGCUAGUAAAAGAGCCAGAGCAUAGAUUGGGAUCAGUGAAAGGUGCUGCUGAGAUUAAGCUGCACCCCUUCUUCGAGGGAUUAAAUUGGGCUCUAAUACGAUGCGCUGCACCUCCUGAGACACCAAGAAGUCAUGACAUUGGCACUCCUGUGGUGUUUCGCAAGAAAAAAGAAGGUAAGUGUCUUGAUUUUAGGACAAAUGGAGAGAAUGUAGAAUUUGAGCUCUUUUAUUUCCACGCCUUUUCCUUUGAAUCUUGCGUUGACCUGGUCCCCGCGCGUCAACUCCGCGGUGGUCAGGUUGCCUUCGCCGCAUACGAUGCGUCGUACACAGUUCGCGCUGCGCCCUCGAUUUAUAGCCCGCACACUCUUUUUACUCUGCGCCUCAAUCGCUCCUGCUCCUCCUCCUCCUCUUCUUGCACAAUGCUCAUGGACGUCGACGACUGCUCCUCCUCUUCUUCGCCGUCGUCCUCUUCCUCCUCUUCUUCCGCCAGACCUUUCGCCCCCUCGCCGAAGCGCAAGGACGGGCGGAAGAAGUUCCGGGAGACGCGCCACCCGGUGUACCACGGCGUGCGCUCGCGUGGCGGCGGCAGGAAGUGGGUGUCGGAGGUGCGCGAGCCGCGGAAGAAGACCCGCAUCUGGCUCGGCACCUUCCCCAACCCGGAGAUGGCCGCCCGGGCCCACGACGUCGCCGCCAUCGCCCUCCGCGGACCUGACUCCGCCCGCCUCAACUUCCCCGACUCCGCUGCGUCGCUGCCUCGGGCGCGCUCCGCCGCGCCCGAGGACGUCCGCCGCGCAGCGGCAGAGGCAGCCGGUAUGAUGGCCGGCGCUGCCGUCGACCGCUCUCCGCAAUCGUCGUCGGCCGCGGCUCCGAUGCAGGUGUUCCUGGACGAGGAGGCGGUGUUCAACCUGCCUGGGUUGCUGGAGGACAUGGCGAGGGGGAUGCUGGUGACGCCGCCGGCGAUGCACAGGGCGUUCGAUUGGGAGACACUGGAGCUGGAGGACGACGGUUACGUGGCCGGUGACGUCAUCUCCCUAUGGACGAUGGAUUACGAGGUUGUUGGUUGCAGCGUUAGCAACUGUAGGAUUCCAGCGCACUCCAUCAAUGGCAGCGCCGAGAUUUACACCGAGCUAGCCAUAUUCUUCCUCCUUGCUGUUGGAGGUAGAUGGAUCCAUGGCGAUGCCAUUGAUUUCCGCUUUAUAAAUACCGGCGGUGCUCUGGUUUAUCUUCAGAGGCGGGAGGCCGUGGCGGCGCAUGUGGCGACGGUUUGGCGGGUGAUCAAGGCGUCGGUGGUGGUUCCGCUGCUGCAGGCCGCGGUGGCGGUCUGUCUGGCGAUGUCGGCGAUGCUGGUCGUAGAGAAAGCGUACAUGGCCGUCGUCUUCGUGCUCAUCAAGGCGACGGGCCGCCGGCCGGAGAAGCAGUAUAAGUGGGAGCCCAUGCGCGACGACGACGUCGAGCUCGGCGGCUCGGCCUCCUACCCCACCGUGCUCGUCCAAAUCCCGAUGUUCAACGAGAAGGAGGUGUACAAUCUGUCCAUCGGCGCGGCCUGCGGCCUCUCCUGGCCCGCCGACCGCAUCAUCAUCCAAGUGCUCGACGAUUCCACCGACCCACUCGUCAAGGAAUUGGUGGCGGCGGAGUGCCGGCGGUGGGCGAGCAAGGGCGUGAACAUAAACUACGAGAUCAGGGACAACCGGAACGGGUACAAGGCCGGCGCGCUCAAGGAGGGCAUGAAGCGGAGCUACGUCAAGCACUGCGACUACGUCGUCAUCUUCGACGCCGACUUCCAGCCGGAGCCCGACUUCCUCUGCCGCGCCGUCCCCUUCCUCCUCCACAAUCCUGACGUCGCUCUCGUCCAAGCUCGUUGGAAAUUCGUGAAUUCAGAUGAAUGCUUGUUGACGAGGAUGCAGGAGAUAUCGCUCGACUACCACUUCACGGUGGAGCAGGAAGUUGGAUCUUCCACCCACGCUUUCUUCGGCUUCAACGGGACCGCCGGAAUAUGGAGAAUAGCAGCUCUCGACGAAGCCGGAGGUUGGAAGGAUCGAACCACAGUAGAGGACAUGGAUUUGGCUGUUCGAGCAAGCCUCAAAGGCUGGAAGUUCAUCUUCCUCGGAGAUCUCAAGGUUCAGAACGAGCUGCCGAGUACCUUCAAGGCCUAUCGCUAUCAGCAACACCGCUGGUCUUGCGGCCCUGCAAAUCUCUUCAGAAAAAUGCUGAUGGAAAUAGCCAGUAACAAGAAAGUCACUCUCUGGAAGAAAGUUCACUUGAUCUACAGUUUCUUCUUCGUCCGGAAGGUCAUAGCUCACGUCGUCACCUUCAUCUUCUUCUGCGUCAUCAUCCCCGCCACUGUCUUAGUUCCUGAGGUGGAAAUACCGAAAUGGGGCGCAAUCUACAUCCCUUCGAUCAUCACUAUUCUCAACGUCGUCGGAUCCCCUCGGUCCCUUCACUUGCUCGUGUUUUGGAUCUUGUUCGAGAACGCCAUGUCGUUGCACAGGACGAAAGCGACCUUCAUUGGGCUGCUGGAAGCUGGGAGAGUGAACGAAUGGGUAGUCACUGAGAAGCUCGGAGUGGCCAUGAAGACUAAAGCAGCAAAGAAGCCAAGAACCAGAAUUGGUGAAAGGAUGCAUCUCUUGGAGAUAUGGACAGGGGCGUACCUCGUCUUCUGUGGGUGUUGCGACGUGGCGUUCGGCAGGAACCACUUCUACAUCUUCCUCUUCCUCCAGGCACUCGCUUUCUUUGUAGUUGGCUUCGGUUAUGUUGGCAUCUGCGUUCCAAGCUCCUAGGAGGCCGCAGUAGAAUCAUUGU